GUAUUGAAAACGCGCUUGAUCCGUUGUUUGCGUUACUUUUAAAUGGAAUAGUAAAAUGAGGGCUCCUGAAGGCUUCCAGUUGCCUAGUCCAGUCGACUUUGACAGUCAUCCGCCACCUCAGUUGCCAAAAUAUCUCAAGCACCAGGUGUACGACAAACCUGAAGUUUUUGCGAAAGUGGAUGAACAUGCUAUGAAUGUUGCUGGAUAUCAGCACCCAACAUUCAGGGACCUAAUGUGGGACCUGUUAUAUCGUUACAAAUUAGAUGAAUUAGAAAGAGCUCGAGUGAUAUUUCGAUGGAUGACUGCGAAAGAUAUGCAGAACAUUCAUUUCGAAAACGUUUCUCCCAAUUCUCCGGAGGAUGUACUUAUGUCCUUCAGUACAAACCGUGGAACAUUUUCAAGAAUGUAUGAAGUUAUGUGCAGCUAUUCUGAAAUCCAUUGUGUCACUGUUAGUGGAUAUGCUAAAGGUGUGGAUUACUUACCUGGGGAUAAGUUCCUCGGUCUUCCUCCUAAUCACUCGUGGAACGUUAUAUACAUUCGAGGGUCUUGGCAGCUUGUAGAUGUCCACUGGGCUGCACGGUAUCUGAGUUCUGGUAAAAAUGUUCCAGAAAAUGUUGUCUAUGAAUACGAUGACUUUUAUUUCAUGAUGGAACCCCAGCAGGCAGUAUAUAGCCAUUUUCCAGAAGAUCAGAGGUGGCAGCUUUUACCUGUUCCUCUUACACUUUCACAGUUUGAGAAUUUACCACUUACAAAGUCACAAUUUUUCAAGUGUGCGAUCGAUUUCCUAGAACAGCACCAUGGCGUCGUUAGAACACAGGAUGGUUGCCUUAGAAUGACACUUGGAUUUUGGCGCCCUGGUGGUUUCACUUAUAAGCUACAAUACUUGGUCACUAGUUACAACCACCCCGAACCUGAUUUUCUUACGGCUUAUCCAAAUGACUUGAGGGAUCAAGUUCCAAACCUCGACGUUGAUUUAAAAUGUUUUGUUUUACAAGAGACAACGAAAGAUCAUCUAAACUUCUUUUUCCGACUUCCAGCAUCUGGUAUCUACUACCUCACUAUAUAUGCUCAGGAACUUGCAAGUUUAUCUGUUGGUCGAGAAAGCACUUUUCGAGCAGCUUGUGAGUAUAAAAUCAUUUGUGAUUCACCAGCACGAGAUGCUCAACCUUAUCCAAUUUGUCAUGAUGCUAAUUGGGGACCAGCAUGGUCACAUGUAAAUCAUUAUGCACUUGAACCAAGCCAUAUAGAAGGUGUUAUCAGUAUACCUAGUGAAUUGGACUCAUUGGUUAACUCAAAUGGACAUUAUACACCAAUUCCAAAGACUGUUGAUAUACGCUUUCAAAAACAUCGACCUGAAGUUAACUUAUUGGCUAAAUUACAUCGAAAUGGAGUAUCUGAUGAAUUCCUUGAUCAAUAUCAACGUGUUACAGAAACAGUACGUGAAACUUUGUUUCAUGUUACACUACCUGAACCUGGUGAAUAUGGAUUGGAGGUUUACGCGAAUGAACCAGCUGAAGGUGAUACUUACACGCAUAUGUGUCAAUAUUUAAUUCAUUAUGAACAUCCACCUGGUUGGCGGUCAACACCUCGACUGACAGCUUCAGGUGCUGAUGCUGGUCCAUCUCCUGAGGUGAAUCAAUUUUGGCGUCAUCCUACAAGUAGUGGUGGGACUGGUGAUGCUCCACAUAAUGGAAAUGCAUCAAAAUAUUUAUCACCAUCAUUAUCAUCAUCUACAAGGUAUAAUCAUAAUGAACCACAGAUAACUAGUAGUGGUUCAUUAAGAGAAAUGUAUAAUUAUGAAUUAGAUGCACCUCCAAUGGGUCAAUUGCCUAAGUUAUAUGCACAUUCACAAUAUGGAAAUGCAAAUCAGCAUAGUCCUAAUCGUAUCAACAAUUAUUUAUCCAAUAAUAAUAAAAAUGGUACAUCUAAAGCAUUCGGAUAUGUACCAUCAAGAAAUAAUCAGCUAAUUAGUAGUGAUCAGGAUAACAGAUAUUAUCCUAACACUACGAUUGCUACUACUACGGCAUUUUCUUCUCCACCGUUAUCUAAUAGUGAUCAAUUGUCGAAUCUGAGUCAAAAUUUCUCCAAUAUUAAAAUUAAUCAGGAUUCUUCAUUGAAGAGUACAACUAAUGGCAGUGCUACUUCUGACAGAUUACCUGCUUAUCAUCCUGCUGUUUCAGAUUCCUCAACAAUCAGUUCUGUGAACAAUCAAGCUGGAUAUCCUCCAUAUUCUGGACAAAAUCAUAUUGGUAAUGGAGUACAACAAAUAUACAAUUCUAGUAUCAAUCCAACGACGAGAUAUCAAAAUUCAGUUCGUUUUGAGCCUGGUUCACCUAGUUACAUUAGCAGUAAUGGAACUAACACAAAUGUAGGCUAUGUUUCACCUCCAGGAUCAUCGAAUUCCAGCAGUGUACCAUAUCAUAAACAACAAUAUGAUCAGGUGUCGUCUACGCUUGGCAGUCGAACAAGUCAACCAUCAUCAGCAUCAAAUCAAUUUUAUCGACCUGAUCAAAGUACAGCGAAUUGGAGUUCUGGUCCAAUUCAACGUGUUCCACCGAAAGAAUUUGCACCAAGUCCUUUGUCUACAGAUGUACUAGAGGAGAAGCCAAGACCACAAGAAAUUCCAACGACAAAUGAAAUGUCUACUGCUCCAUACCAGUCGUUUGAAGUAUUUCGUCGAAUUGAUGAACACGCUGUCUCCGUUUCACAACAACAACAGGAUAAUUUUAAUCAAUUAAUUUGGCAGCUGAUUUAUGCACGUAAUAUUACUGAUGAAUUAGAAAAAGUUCGUGUCAUCUUUCUCUGGUUAUGUACUAAAGAUUUGCAUAAAAUGAAUUUUGACUAUGUUAAACCAGACAGUCCUGAAGAAAUUCUAAUGGGUAUACGUACUGGAAAAUCUACUUAUGCUCAAAUCUUUUAUACAUUAUGUCGUUAUGCUGGUUUACACUGUAAACUAUUAAUUGGUUAUGCUAAAGGCGCAGAAUAUGCACCUGGUAUGCAUUUCUCUGGUCGUCAAGGUCAACAUUCAUGGAAUGCAGUACUUAUUGAUAAAGUAUGGCGUUUAGUUGAUUGUCAUUGGGCUGCUCGUCGUUUAAUCGGUAAACGUCCAAGUCCAGAUAAUGUCCGUUAUGGAUUAGAUAUGUUCUAUUUCUUAGCUAAUCCGAGUCAGCUAAUUUAUACACACUUUCCGCAUGAUGUUGAUUGGCAAUUAUUACGUCAUCCAAUUACACUAAAGGAAUUCGAAAAUCUUGCUCCAGUGAAAUCAGCUUUCUUCAAGUACAACCUGGAUUUAAUAACACAUCGUAAUGCAGUGAUUGUUUGUUCAGAUCCAGAAGUACGUAUUGUUAUCGCUUUUCCAGCUGGUGCUGAGAAUUACUUAUCCUUUACCUUUGGUUUAUCCUUCGAUAAUCAAGAAGGCAGUGAAGAAUUCCGUGGGAUACCUCUGACUCGAUUUGGUCGGCAAGAAACACUGAUACGUGAACACACAUCUGUUUUUUACAUUCGACCACCAAGACCUGGUGCAUAUAAAUUACUCAUUUAUGCUAAACAACAACAACCUCAUCAAAAUGGACAAAAAGAAGGUCUUGGCAUUGUCAGUAUGAUUACUGAUGAUGCAACCUCAGAGAAUUUAUACGGAGCUGUUUGUGAAUAUCGAUUGGUAGCGAAUUUCAGUGCAAAUUCAUCAUUACCUCCAUUUCCACCUUGUCAGUCAUCUAGUUAUGGACCAAAUGAGUUAGCUAAAAAUUAUCGUAUAACUGCUCAACGUCUUGAUUGUACACUACGUGCUGUACGUGGUAGUCUUGAAAUUCGUUUUACUUUGGGAUCACCACCCAACGGUGCUGGAUAUUCACCGGUACCAUCACCACCACCACGUCUGAUGGCUAAACUCAAGUGUACUUUAGUACCGGAGAGUGCACUAUCAAAAAGUCUACUACAACGUAGUGUCAAUGGAAAUACAGAAGCCGUUUUUGCACUUUUCUUACCUGAAGCUGGUGAAUAUGGUCUAGAGAUCUAUGCUAAUGAUCCUGUGAAAGAUGGAAAUUCUUUCUUUGUGGUUUGGCAAUACAUAAUUAUAUCUGAUUGUGAUUCCCCAGUUCGUGGUUUGCCUACCAUUGCACCAACUUAUCUAGGUCCAAUGCCACGUUUUGAUUCAAUGGGUUUAAAAGCUCUCAGUCAUACAGAUCCAUUUAUUCAAGCCAAUUCUGGUGAAUUAUGCAUUCAAUUUGCUCGACAUCCUGAAAAACCGUUAAGAAUUAUGGCUCAGCUAAUACAUUGUAGUCAUGAUGUAGCUGAGGAUUGUUCACAACAGGUACUUCAACAAACACGUGAUUCACAGAUCUACUUUGUCGUCCGCUUUCCACAUCCAGGAUUUUUCAAAUUUCAAAUCUAUGCUCUACCAUACACAGAACCUGGUGAAUCAUUGCCUGGUGUAUUUAACUACCUAUUGGAAGCAACUCAAGUGAAUCGUGGUCGUAAUGGUCAAGUGAUGUGUUUCCCACAACAAUUCGCUCAAUGGAAAGAAGGCUGUUAUCUGCAUACACCAUUAGACGGUAUCCUUUAUCCGAGUGGAUCAACUCAACCGAAUGCUGAUACUAUACCAUUUCGUGUUAGUGUGCCUACAGCGCAUGCAGUUGCUGUGGUUGUCGGUGAAGAUUGGACACAUUUAACACGAGUUGGUGAUCGUUGGGAAGGUCAAGUUUGUUUAAAAUCCUAUUGGGGUAUUGAAAAUCAAUUAGCGCUGUGUGCAAAAUAUGAUAAUCUUGAUGGGAAUUAUGGGACAUUGUUAGAAUAUCGGCUAGCUAAACGAUAAAUAUAAGUGGGAUAGUGAUUGAUUUCCUUGUUAUUGUUAUUCAGAAUAAGAAAAUCUCCUCCUCAUGUUUGCAUAUAUAAACAGUAUGUAUGUAUGCACUGUGUUUUUGUCCGUAUAAAUUAGCUUUGUAUUAUCUUAAUUCAUCCUAGCGUUCACCGACAAUGAUCCAAUAAACAAUCAGCUGUAUUGCCUGUUGGUAUCUCAGCUAAGUGGGUUACGAAAUAAUAUUAUCCUCUUUGAUGAUUACAUGUCCAACCGUGUUUGUAUUCGUUGUAUUUCCCUUGAAGACUUGAAAACAAAACAAAAAAAACACUUUUAGCUUACUACUAUUUAUUUACUUUAUUUAAACACACACGCUCACACACACAUACACACAAUCACUCGAAAAUCGGAUGAAUAUUUCUCAACUUUUUUUUACCGCCUUUUACUUUUAAAUGUUGAUUUGAUUUAACACAUCCACUCACUGAUGAUGCCGACGAUGACUUGUGUUGCUGUUUCAAUCCCGUCUACUUAUUUAUAGUUAUUUAUAGUUUGUUUAUUAUUAUCAAUGUCCUAAACAGUUUGAUUUUGAUUUAUUUUGGUUUUCCCCACCUAAUGGGAAGAAUUGUGCCUUAUUUAAUUAAUUAUAAUUUAAUUAUUGUAUUAAAAUUAUUAGUGUAAUUAUUUUAAUUAUUAUUAUUAUUAUAUUUAUUUAUAUCCUUGUCUUCAUUGAAGUGAGCCACUGUUUCACCAGUGGUUCUUUGACACACUCACAUACACGUAUACACACAUCCUUGUAUUGAGAGGCGUUGAGGCUUCUGAGAAGUAAACUGAGUUUCUGUUCUUCUUGUUGUUAAGCUAUUUUUGACUCUGCCUUACUGUGCCUCUUCUUCCCUCAGCUCUUCACUUCUAAUUACGCCUGUUUUUUUUUUAAAUUUGAGCUUAUACUUUAUCUCUGUUUAAAUGACACUAUGAUUGGUUGUCAGUCAGUCAGGUGGUCAGUUAGUCAGCUUUCUUCCUCUUCUGAUGGAAAACGUUGAUGUUUGUAUGUGUUUGUAUGAAGUUCAGGUCAUCACCACUUCAUAUUAAAAAAAAAGAAAAAUUCUCUGCCUUAUUCUUGUCUAUCUGAUGGUAAUCGUCUUUUUGUUACGCAAUAAUAAUAAUAGUGAUGAUAACAGUCGUCCUUGUCUUCCAUGUAUUUAUUUGUUUAUGUGUUUAUGAUAAUUUAAUGAUGAAUUUAGCAUUUUGGUUAAACUACCUUCCCGUUUAUAAACUCUUCGUUUUCCUUCUUUCUUUCUGUUGUCUUUUCAUCUUCUUCUCUUUUUUUGUUUCGCAGUGUUUUAUAUGUGUAUGUUUUUAAUAAACAGUUUAUUUCUCUUUCUAUGCUUUCGUUACGUAAGGCUUUGCGUUCUUUGUAUGGAAGAUGGGAGUUUCGAAGCUUCAGCUUGGGUUGUUAGUCUCAUGCUAAACUUACCUUCUUUCUCAAGCCAAUAAACUGGUCGAGGUUUAGAAGUUUGUCGACAUAGUGUUGAGUCCCCUGAACCAUGCGUGUGACCUCCUGAUGAGCAUUGCAUCAAUGAACCGACCACCUAUAGUGUAACAUCAGAAGACAGGGGCCGCCAACAGAUCGUUAUAUUACGGAAAUCAGCAUGUAUUUAUAUAUAUUUCAUGUACAUUAUUAUAGCUUAUUCAAGCAGACAAACACAGUCUU